GGUACGACCCGGCGUUGGACGCGUGGGAGGCGGUUGCUCCGAUGGCGUCGGCGCGGCUGGAACACGCCGUGGCGGUGCUUGACGGCAAGCUCUAUGUCGCAGGCGGAAUGGGUGCCGGCUACACCCACCUCAGCUCGGUGGAGCGGUACGACCCUGCGUUGGAUGCGUGGGAGGCGGUGGCGCCGAUGGCGACAGCGCGGCAGGCUCCCGCCGCGGCGGUGCUCGACGGCAAGCUUUAUGCUGUGGGUGGGUACAACUAUGAGGAGGAGGACGAGGAAGUGGAGGACGUCGUACGAAUCAACAGGGUAGAACGAUUCGACUCGUCUACGAACGCUUGGGAGGAGGUGGCGCCGAUGGCGACGGCACGGAGCGCGCCCUGGGUCGCCUUGCUGUAGAGGAUGCCGUCGGAGGCUCGGAGCCGUCCCUGCCGCAUUUGCAAACACCUCUCGCCCACGGACUCUGGUAGGGUGGAGAUAGUCCUCGCUGACCAUAUCCCACUUUGUUUGCUUUGUGUGUGGAGUGUCGCAGAAAAUUCAUGCGCUUUUGU